AUGUGGUUUGAGAGAGCCGUCGACUUUUUAAAGUCUGAAGAGCUCAAGACGAAUGUUGCUUUGCCUCAGCUGAUUGAAGUGUUCUACGAUUUUGCCUUGGAACUCUGUAAAGCUGAUAAUGAAGGUAAAGUUCAGAUACAAGAUUUAUUCAUAUUGCGUUUAGGACUUCUUGUGAUUGAUGUCAAUAUUCCGUUUGCUCUCCGGCUCGAGGGAAUCAGAACUAUUAACUGUAUUCUUGACCUGUCAAGCAAAGAAGAACGCAAGAAAAUAAAUCUGACGGAAGAGCUCACUCUUCUCUUGAGUGAUUUUGCACGGUUGAUCCUGAGAGCUGGUGACUAUGAAAUGCAAGUGGCCAUCGCUGAAGCUUUGUGCCGCAUGACCUUAAAGAAAUGGAGAGAGGAGCUCGUCUACAGAUGGUUUGAAAACAGAGAUUUUGCCGACUCCUUCAAAUCAAUAAACGAUCGGGAGUUUGAGACCGACUGCAGAAAAUUCCUGAACAAAGUUAAUAGCUCAUUUGGAAAGGAAAGCAGAGUUUGGACAUUUCCCUGCAUUAAGGCUUUCCUUGACCACAUUGAGCUCCACAUGCCCCAGGAUGAACACCUUGAAAAGUUCUGGAUUGAUUUUAACCUCGGAAGUUCCAGCAUCAGUUUUUUCAUCAACGAUCCUGAGGGUUCUCUCUGGGAUUCCGUUAGCUUAGCAAAUGAAUCUGUUGGUGGAUUUUACGUGCAAGAAAUUCAUGAGCAAAACAUUUUGACAAUCCUGAUGGAAGUUCCUAUCUCUAGCAACAAGAAGAAUGGGGAAGUGGUCAAAAUAUUCUUUGAACCGCAGUUUGAUAUCCUGACUGCAACCAAGUUGGUGUUUGGGCCCCAGAAGGAGAUGAAAAGCUUGCCCAACAUUGCUGAAAAGUUGAAGAUUCCUGAAAUUGUUGAAAUUAAAGAUGGCCAGGAGCCCAAAAGUCCAAGUGCAAAGGAGGCCAGGGCACAAGAAGUUGACAGUGCUUGUGAACAUUCUUCAGAGGCUCAGGAGAAAAAGUACGAGCCGACACCAUCAGAAAGGUUAAUGCAAGCAUCAAUAAAAGAAAGGGAGCCUCAAAAGCCUUGGUAUUAUAAGAGUGCGUUCUUGGAGAGCGAUACCAGCGUGGCUCAGAGUGAGAAGAGCUCGGAUGCCGAAUUCAAGCACAAGACGCCAUUAAAGCUGGUGGAGUACAGCCGGAAAAAGCCCAAGGCUAAGCCGAAAGUGAAAGCAGCUUCGCCGUACAGCAGCGCUGAUGAACAAGCUUCUCUGAAGACGCAGCAUUCAACCCCAAAACUGCCCGAGUCUUUAAAAGACAAAGAAAGCGGCCCCUCAACAGAGUUGUCCUUUCAAGCUGAAAAUCCGCCAACCAUUUCAGCAUUAUUGACGCCUGUGUCAGGGCCAUUAUUGGAUGAAAGUAAAUUUGAAGAAAUUUCUCCAAUAAAGGAGUCUUUACCUGCUAACUACUACAGUGAUGACUUCAAGAAAAGAAAAUCUACUGCAGCAGCCACUAAAGAUCAGAAAAGAUUCAAAGAUGACGCCAGUGAACAUCCUGCAGAACAGCAAAUGACCUCCCAUCUACAGCCAACAAAACUGUUUUCAUCUUCAGAAACCGGCAAUGUUGCAGAAGAUGAGUAUGUCUCAGAUGCGGUGCUUUAUGAGGACUCGGACUCUGGAACCGAAGGGGGUACCAGUAUAAUCGCUGCCUUUGAAAACUUCAACCAAGAGCUCCGGAAGAAGUUCUGGGCCAGGCACAGAAGGAUGGAAUUGCAAACCCAGCGAGCCCUCAAAGUUUCAAAGCAUACCAUAUCUGACAUGUUGAGCCACUUGCAUCAGUGCAGGUUGCAGAGGCUCAGCAAGUUCCACUCAAUCGUCAUCCAUGAGCUGUCUAGUCUGGAGAAGGACGCCCAGUCGUUGAUGCAAAUGGAAGCUGACACCAUGAACUUCUGGAAGACACAGUCUCAGAAAUUAAGUUCAUUUUGUGAAAUCCAGGAGAAAAAACUAAAAUCCUUGAGUUACAUCAGCGAGGGUCCAUUUGAAGAGGAGGAUCCAAAAGCGGAUGAAAACAAGUUUCUUGACUUUGAUGACGUGAAAACCAUUACCAUUCCCUAAUCUGGAAAUUCCACAACCCGGAUUUAAAACCUGCCGAGUUCCUGUGUGUAUCCCUGCUGUCUGACAUUUGGGAAACGAAAAAGAAGGAAGGCUUUUUUUUUUUUUUUUCUCCCCUCGCCCCUCCACUCCACAAAACUUAACAUGGAAGUUGCAUGUUAACCACAAACUUUCCCC